AUGACACCAAGGAACCCUGCCAAGAAGGCCGGCAAUGUGUCUCCAAUCAAAAAGCCAACCAGAAAGCAGAAGCCUGUUGACAUGGAGCUCCUGAUGAUGUGGACGGUUUACAAACUUGCCAUUGAGCAUGUUCCGGUCACCGAUGCCAAUAUUGCUGCCAGACUCGGAAUCAGUGAGGGCGCAGCCCGCGGCAGAUGGUAUUGGAUCAGGUCCAAGAUGGCCCCUAUUGAGGCCGAAUACCAGGUCGAGCUUGGGGCCGCUGCUCCGAAAAAGGAGAUGCAGGAAGCGGGUGACGAACUGGCUGAGGGUACGGAUAUGAAUUUUGACGAGGUGGACUAG